GUGGGACCAAACUUGAAAUCACAGCGGCUGGCCGUAUAAUACAUCCACGUCAGUCUUAAAUCUGCAGAGGAUCCUUUUUUAUUAACGAAAUAGAUGAUGGCAGCAGCAGUUCCUCCAGAAUUUGGACCAGAUGCAGGAGGACGGUUAAAGGGUGUAACUGUUGUCAAACCUAUCAUUUAUGGAAAUGUAGCCAGGCAUUUUGGCAAGAAGCGUGAAGAAGAUGGGCAUACUCACCAGUGGACAGUAUAUGUUAAGCCAUAUCUUAAUGAAGAUAUGUCAGGCUAUGUGAAGAAAGUUCAUUUUAAACUGCAUGACAGCUAUGCGAACCCCAACCGAGUUCACAAUAAACCCCCUUAUGAAGUAACGGAGACAGGAUGGGGAGAAUUCGAAAUUGUCAUAAAAAUUUACUUUCAUGAUCCUAAUGAGCGUCCGGUUACCCUGUACCAUAUCUUAAAACUUUUUCAUCAGGGAGCUGAUAUGGCCCUCAGUAAAAAGACUUUAAUAUCUGAGUUUUAUGAGGAAAUCGUUUUUCAAGACCCAACCCAGUAUAUGCAGCACUUGUUAACAAAUGUUCAGCCAGUCACUAUGGCUCCCUACAAACAUGAAACAGAUUUUGAGGAGAAAAAAGUAAAAUCCUAUCAAAACAUCUUAACUGCAAAGACAAAGAUUAAAUCAGAGAUAACAGAUGUGAAAGAAAAACUGAAGAAAGCAAAGGAAGCAAUAGCAAAAUAUAAAGAAGAAAUUGCGAAGGCUCAGUCAGGUAGCAUGGCGGAAAGUCCGUCAUUAGCUUGAACUGUAUUCACAAUAUAUUUUGUACAUUUUUAUUUUUUGCAUUUUAAGUCAUGUUUACAGUCAUCAUUUUUUCAAAUUCUCACAAAAUAAAUUGACAUCUGCGGGAAGUAUCCCUAUUAUCAAAUAA